CCUGACCGCCAUGCAGGAGGCGAUGAAAGCCAGCGUCACGUGGGAACUGCCGGAAACGGAUCCGGACCUCGUGGGUGCUAAAAGUAGACUGGAGUUCUUGGAGUGCAAGAAUGAGCUACAUAUUGCCCUUCUGGUACACCGUAUUGACGUUGCGGAGCAUGCGCUGUACCGCACCAGGAAGGCGAACCUGGAGGUGUUACUCGAAAAGGAGAUACGUCGUGUGGAAGCUCACCUAAAGUUCCUGCUGGCUCUGGAUACCGGCGGCUGGAUGGCGGACAUCCCGAGCAUCGACCGCCAGACCCUGGUCGAGUUGGGUCAGCUGUACAAGCCUCGGGUGGAGGUGAAACUCGUCCUAAACGCCAUGUACAUGCUGCUGGGACUCGAUGAGUCCUUCCUGAAGAACUGGCGAAAUGUCCAGAGUCUACUUAGAGACCAAGAAGCGACGCUCUCGGAGAUGGCCCGUCUCGAGAAAUACCUGGAGAUCGAAAAGACCAGCGGCAACGUCAUCGUGGACAAGGCGGUGGUUGCCCGUGUUGAUGCCAUCCUUGUAGGCUACACAGAGGACAUGGUCCGAAAGGUCAACAACACGCUGGCAGCCUAUUUCAGAUGGGUCAGCAACAUUCUCACUACGAUGCGUGAUCUUCAGAGCUUACAAGCAUUGCCUAAGCUCCAAAGCUCUGUUAGCAGACAUCGGUCAUCGCGAGCAGAUCGCCUUCUCACAACGGCAACGCGUCUGUCCGCCCUUCCCUCAAGGGGAAACACCGCCCAGUUUUCUGUUCACAACACUAACGAGCAUGGAAAGACGUUAAGACAUACUGCACAGAAAGUCAAUAAAAUAUUUAGCCGACAACCGUCCGAAAAUUUUGAUCGUCUUCAAUCAGCAUUGGCUCCAAAAUCAGUGUUACCAACACGGGAACUUUCAAGACAUGUUGCUUCACAUUCUGGUAGGGUAUUGUUUAGGACCCAUGCCCAGUCGAUACAAGGAAGUAACGGUGAAGUGAGCAGAUCGCAAACACGCGUAUCUGUUAAAGAGGACCCUCAUUCAAGACUAAACCUGGAUUCCAAACGAAGUCAGCGUCCGAGUCGCGCAUCAAGACUUUUACCCUCUGCCACUGGGAUUAUUAAAGGUGCCAUUGAGGUCCUGCUUGACAAUUCUGACUGAUCACUUCGGGCACUGACCAUUUUGUACACUGACCACUUCGGACACUGACUACUUCGGACACUGACAACGUUCGUAACGAAAAAUAUUUGUUAGGUUAACGUGAAUAUGACUUAAAUUGGCUACUAUGUAUACGCGGUAUUACAUGAUAUUUCGGACAAUUUAUUUUCUGU